AUGAACGCCACGGGGACCCCGACGGGGGACCCCGAGUCCUGCCAGCUGCUGGCGGCCGGCGGGCACAGCCGGCUCAUCGUCCUGCACUACAACCACUCGGGGCGGCUGGCGGGGCGCGCCGGAGCGGAGGAGGCCGGCCUGGGGGUGCUGCGAGGGCUGUUCGUGGCCGUGAGCUGCCUGGUGGUGCUGGAGAACCUGCUGGUGCUGGUGGCCAUCGCCAGCCGCAUGCGCUCGCGGCGCUGGGUCUACUACUGCCUGGUGAACAUCACGCUCAGCGACCUGCUCACCGGCGCCGCGUACCUGGCCAACGUGCUGCUGUCGGGCGCGCACACCUUCCGCCUGGCGCCGUCCCAGUGGUUCCUGCGCGAGGGCCUGCUCUUCAUGGCGCUGGCCGCCUCCACCUUCAGCCUGCUCUUCACGGCCGGCGAGCGUUUCGCCACCAUGGUGCGGCCGGUGGCCGAGAGCGGGGCCACCAAGCGGGGCCGCGUGUGCAGCUUCAUCGGGCUGUGCUGGCUGCUGGCCGCGCUGCUCGGCCUGCUGCCCCUGCUCGGCUGGAACUGCGUGUGCGCCUUCCAGCGCUGCUCCAGUCUCCUCCCGCUCUACUCCAAGGACUACAUCCUCUUCUGCGUGGUGGUCUUCGCUUGCAUCCUGGCCACCAUCAUGAUGCUUUACGGGGCCAUCUUCCGAGUGGUGCGCGCCAACGGGCAGAAGGCGCCCAGCACCCCGGCGCGCCGCAAGGCCCGCCGGCUGCUCAAGACGGUACUCAUGAUCCUGGUGGCCUUCGUGGUGUGCUGGGGCCCACUCUUCGGCCUGCUGCUGGCUGACAUCUUCGGCUCCAACGUCUGGGCGCAGGAGUACCUGCGGGGCAUGGACUGGAUCCUGGCGCUGGCCGUGCUCAACUCGGCGGUCAACCCCAUCAUCUACUCCUUCCGCAGCCGGGAGGUGUGCCGGGCCGUGGUGGGCUUCCUGUGCGGCGCGUGUCUCCGGCUAGGGCUUCGAGGGCCUGGGGACUGCCUGGCUCAGGCCGUCGAGGCUCACUCUGCAGCCUCCAACACCGACAGCUCACUGAGGCCGAGGGACAGUUUUCGGGGUUCUCGAUCGCACAGCUUCCGGAUGCGGGAGCCCCUGACCAGUGUCUCUAGCGUGCGGAGUGUCUGAACCCAAGGUCGGGGUGGUGAUUCAGCAGCCUCGAUUCCCGUGCAGGGAUGCUGCAGUCGGGCCUGAAGAAGAGGAAGGAACCGGUUAGCCGCCAGGGGCCUGCAUCCCAGGGCCCCGCGGUGCUCCCGGAAGCCUCCUGAGGCUGCUGGCACCAAGUGGAUCUCCCAUAGUGGUUGUGGAGCGGGAGGCAAUGGCUGGUUGGAACCGAGAGCGCGCUGAACUGGAGAUCAAGGGGUUUGCUGUGUGCGCCCCUCUCCUGUGUGACUCAGGAAGUCCCAGCCCCUCUCUGGGCCUCGGUGGGGGUGGGCUGGGGGGGAGUGGGUGGAUGCCCUGGGAACAGGAAAUUCAGUGGUGGGAUGAAAUGGUGCGGUCCCUCAUUCACAGCUGGUGUGAGGGGAAUGUAUGAGGGUUGUGGGUCUUCUGGAGCUGGGCCAGUGGCCAGGCAGCGCCAUGGGUCUGUGUGCUGGGGGGUGUGGUUGUGACAGCAAGGGGUUUGGUGUGGGUGAGACUGUAAGUGUGUGUUAAGAGAGGGGUAGAGAGGUCGAGGGCAGAGCAAGUUGUGCUGGUGAGCAGCGUGCGCUGGUGUGCACAGAUAUCCUUGCGUGUGGCAAGCCUCUUGUCUGAGGGUGUGUGCUUGUGCACACAUGUGUGUGACUGAUCCACUCUGUUGAAGGUGGGUGUAAACUUUGGGAGGCUCCCAGGAGGGGGUGGGGGCGGUGACACUGACACCCACCCCUUCCCGUUCACUUCCCCUUUGCCUGCCCUAUCUCUCAUCUUGGGUUCUGGGCAGCCUCCUCCCCCCACCUCUGGCUUCUGCAUCUUUUGGGACUCAGUCUGGAGUCCCACAGAGAGGGAGAUGCUUUAGCACUAACUGCCUCUCCCUUCCCCAUCUGUAAAAUGGGCUGAUGGCAGACGGAACUCACUGCAGGAGGCUGUCGGUACUCGCUCAGUGCUUUUGCUGUGGCGAGCAGGCAUCAGUGUGUCCAAGAAACAUCCGGCGAGAGUGGAAAUGUUCUACAUCCGUGUUUCCCAGUAUGGGAACCCUCCCUCCCGUAUGGCUACUGAGCCCUCAGUAAGAGGUCAACGGGACUGAAGAAACUGACUUAGAAUGCGUUCGAAUUUAAGCAGUCCACAGGACUCGCAGCAAUGGUAUCACACAGUGCUACAGGGGGACACCUUCUGAAUGUAGCCACUUUUGGCUAGUGGGAAGUUCUCUGUCUCCAUCCACCCAGCCCAGACAGUGCCCACGGGUCUUUCUGCCUCCGUCUUGCCAAGUCCUUGCGGCAGCAUCCUGUCUGCCACUCCAGAAGGGACAGCUCUGUUCUGAGCCUCCAUUCCUACCCUGCAGGAUAGGGGAUGGCAUGAUGGAUGUGUUGACUGUGCUGUCCAAUAAAGCAGCUACUAGCCACAUGUGGCUACUUAAAAUUAAAAUGAAUUUUCAA